AUGGCGGUUCGAGCCGUAAACACUUGCUCAGUCUUUCGCUCCGCUUCAUCGCCAGCACUCGCGGGUUACCGAUGCCGUAUGCAUCAAUUCAGUACUGUACAGUAUUGGAGACACUCGAAGCUAGGGUUUCGGUUAUCAAUUUUUCGGGCGGAACAAUAUCUCCAUUCUUAUGGAAGCGUUCGUAGCUAUUCUAUUCAAAGUCUCGUCGAAACUGUCAUGGAAGAGCUCCAAGCCUUACGCGGACGGAAGAGGGUUCGCGCUACUAGCAAGUAUUAUUAUCAUUUCUCUUCUUCAUUUAGCAUUACUUGUAUGUUUUAUCUCGUAGUCUUUUGUGAGUUUGCUGUGUCAUCGAGCAAGCCUGUUCGUCGAUAUGUGAACAGUGUAUACGCUGUUAGAAUGAGCCCUAAGCUGUUACAGCACUUUUGUAUAGAUAAGGGUAAAGCAUGGUGGCCUAAUAGAACAACAGUGACGGAGUAA